AUGUUCAUGCUCAGGAACGCAACCAAGUAUCUCUUUGGCAACGCUUCAAAGGAGUCUAUCAUCGAAAUACCACAAGGCAAACUCUACCUGGUCCGCCCCUUAUCGCCCAAAGGAACUUCAGAACUCAUCUUCAAAGACGCCGCUGCGAGCAUUAGGCGUACAACCCAAGAAUACCAUUACGAGAUUGUCAUCCAGCGAGCUUACGAGGAGGGUGAGGCAGAGCUAGCAGCAGAAGACGAUGACGAGGAUGGUGCCGCAGACGCCUUAGAUUCUGAAAAAGACGAGAAGACUUUUCUACUUGAUCAGAGCUUGCACUUUAGAUCUGAGAUUAGGGAGGACGGAGAGAAAGUCUUUGCUUGGCAGGAUCUGAGUGGGGACCCUGGAGACCUUUAUGAAUUCAUCUGCGACGAAUCCAUCAAGCCUGGAGAAGUGAGCACCUUUGAGAUAGUUGCCAUCGAAUGCCAAUACGAGAGAAAGUACCGGAAACCGAAGGAGACUGCCACCGAUCGACAGUUGCAACAGUUCAACUUCACCGAGCAACCCAUCCCGACCGCUAGUCCUUUAUCGAGUCCCACUGUCAAACCUCUCACAGCGCCUCCAAUGAAGGGUAAAGCUAUUGCAGACACGCCAGCCGCAGGUGUAAAGGAGAGGACAGCUGUGAAGAAGUCACAGAAGCAGAAGGCUCCGGGACGAGAGACCACUCCUACAGUAGCUCCACCAUCAGCCGUGGUGCCUACUGCAAGGGAGACUCUCGUGAAGGAGAGGGCCGAGCUUCACCUAUUUGAUUUUGAGUCGGGCUCAUUCAUACUUCAGGACCCUGCCAUUGUAGCCACCGUCUCAGAGACGGGCAACUGGCAAUACUGGCUACAGAUUAGUGGUACAGAGAAAGAGUGGCUUGGUCAGCGAGUUGUUGCAGACCUCAACCCUGUCUUCAACUUCGAGUACCUGUCUUUCAUCUUCAACCACUACACCGAAGAUGGAUCUGCCUAUUCGUGGCUCCUAAGAUUCAAGGAUCAGGAGACCGAAGAAAGUUUUCAAGACGGGUUGAUGCGAGCACUUUGGGAACAGCUGAAUGAGACAAAGUGGAAGAAGGUCAAUAAAGAUGACCAGCAAUAUGUUUUGGAUGCAUUUCAAGACCUUACCAUGGAAGAUGCACCUGCCGAGGAGGAUGAAGAGGAAGAAGAGGCGGAAGAUGACGGACAAAAGAGUGAGCAUUACGACAGUGACGAGUCUGAAGAUGAUGUCGUGACACGGGACGAUGAUGGCAAUGUUAACUCAAAGCUGGCUGUUGGCUACAAGCACGAUCGGUCCUUCGUCGUGCGCGGAUCAAAGAUUGGUGUGUUCAAGCACACUCCCAACAACAACUUGGAAUUCUCAACAAACAUCUCAAAGGUCGAGACACCAGGUGGCAAAUUGUUCAGUCCAGACAAGGUCAUGCUGCACUCUGAAGACAACAAUAUGAUUCUCCAAAACAAGGACAACCCCAACUCUCUGUAUCGGAUGGACCUCGAGUACGGGAAGGUUGUCGAUGAAUGGAAGAUUCAUGACGAUAUAGGCGUGAAGUCCUUUGCACCUGAUAAGAAAUAUGCGCAAAUGACGGGAGAACAAACCUUCCUCGGCAUUUCUGAUAAUGCCCUAUACCGCAUUGAUCCCCGUCUGUCUGGCAACAAACUUGUGGACUCACAGCUGAAACAAUACGCUUCAAGCUCAAAGAACAGCUUCUCCCACGCAGCAACCACCGAGCAGGGCUACAUUGCCGUUGCCUCGGACAAAGGUGACAUUCGUUUGUUCGACCGUCUUGGUAUCAAUGCCAAGACGGCUAUCCCUGCUCUUGGCGAGGCAACCAUUGGGUUGGACGUGUCCGCUGAUGGUCGUUGGGUCCUCGCUACCUGUCGAACGUACCUGAUGCUCAUCGAUGCUUUGCAACACGAUGGUAAGAACGAAGGCAAGCUUGGGUUUGAGAAGUCCUUCGCCAAGGAUUCGAAGCCUCAACCUCGCCGUCUCGCCCUGACACCCAGCCACGUUGCUCAAUUCCAGUAUGAGACCAAGACGCCAUUGUCUUUUACACCUGCACGCUUUAAUACUGGAGUUGACGACAAGGAGACGUCCAUAAUCACAGCCACAGGUCCCUUCAUCAUUACCUGGAACAUGAAGAAGGUGCUCGGUGGGCGGAAGGAUCCUUAUACCAUCAAGCGGUAUGAAGAAGAGGUAAAGGCCGACGAUUUCAAGUACGGCAGCGACAAGAACGUCAUCGUGGCCUUGCCCAACGAAGUGAAUAUGGUAGCUAAGCAGAGUUUCAAGAAGCCAACCCGGGAGAGUAUUGCUGCCACUCCGAGACAAAGUGGCGCAAGAAGGAGAUUGGGCAGGGACGAAGUCGUUAACUCACCGUACUGA